AAGAAACAUUUGACUUGACAGUAAAUGAAGAACACUCACCUGACGACAAUACUUUGGAAAACAUCUCUGAUAAUACUAGUAGUGAUCACCAAUUAAGAGAUUUAGCUCCAUCUAAUGUUAUUUAUUGUGGAAAAACUUUUGAAACUUGGGAAGAAUGUCAAGAAGCAUUAGAUAAUUAUGCACGUAAUAAUAAUUUUAUAAUCAGGAAAAAACGGAAGAUUGGUUGCCCUUUUCUUGUGAAUGCAUCAAAAAGCAAAAGUUCUAAUGGUGAAACUGCGAUUAAAUUGACAUUAGUGAAUCUGAUUCAUAACCAUCAAUUGGUUCCUAAAAAUGCUAAUUUUGCAACCAAAUACCGGAAGCUUACUGUAGAAAUGAAAGAUCUUAUCGAAAGCUAUACACUUUGUAAUCUUGAUAUUUCAUCUCAGAUUCGGCACUUCAUGGAAUAUGUUGAUGCUGCAAAGCUUCUCCAGCAUCUUGAAAUAGAACGUGUCAAGAACUCUGAUUGGUAUGUUCAACCAUUAAUUGAUACUGAAACGAAUAGAUUGCAAGUACAAACUGCAGCAAAAGCAAUUGGUCGUAAGCAAUCUAUUAAGAGGACAUUACUUGGUCUUGCACAUAAAUAUGUCGAAACAGUUAAUUAUAAUGAUUUAAAUGAUUAUAAUCAUUUGAUAAAAAUAUUUAAAGAACAGAUACAAAUACACGAAGAAAGAAAUCAGCCUCAUACAAUUAUUAUGUAUAAUCGUGCUGCAGAAUAUAAUCAAGUAGAUAAACAGAAUAUAGAGCAAGAUCAUAUUAUGGAAGAUGAUGAAGUUUCAGAAUAUGAUCAAAUUAUGGAAGAUGAUUAUGAUUCGAAAAUUAUGAGAGAUGAAUAUGACAAGCGAAAUUGCCCUACCAAACAAUCAGUAUGA